AUGCCCGCGCACAGAACGGGGGUAGGGAAAGUGACCCUCAAGGAAGGAAGCAAAAAUCCAGAAUCCGGCAGCCUACCUGUCGUCUACAACUCUUCUUUUCUUGACCUACCUACUUCUCUGUGCAACGCUCUCGCUCUCGCACACAAGAACUCACGCCUUGGACAUCUUGAUACGACGCCAAUGCCUCUGGCUCUUCAGCCUACUAUUCUCGCAUUACAUGCACAGAUUCGAGCAGUGAUGACGCUGCCCUAA